UGACUUCAGCAUCUUUAUUGAAAUGUGCUUGGGCCAAUGCUUCGAGAGAGAUGAAUAUGAAGGUUCUUGACCUCAAAGUUGCAGAUAGUGAGGAUCAAUCACUUCAAGCUGCAGGGAUUGUGGAAUCUCAAAGCAUUUUACUCGCGGAGGGAUCAUUAUUGGCUUGUAUUCGAGCUGGUUUUAAGAUCCUCAGUGAAAGAACUGCAGAACAACCUGGGAUUAUAGUAGUCACUGGCUCUUUGCAUAUAGUUUCCGCUGUUUUGGGCUACUUGCACAGCUGACUCCUAUUUGGUUAGAAAAUUUCCAUUUUGGGUACUAUUCUGAAAAACAUCUGAUAUAGAAUUACUAAUUAAAAGUGAAUGAAUUUGUCAAAUAAUUGUCAAUGUCAAAUGAGCUGGGAUUGAUUAUAUGCAUUUUCUGCAUCAAUUCUACUCUAUUAAGGUCUUUUUAUUGUUGAAUCACUUGUAAAAAGAUUGUCCAUUUUUACUACUUUCAUGCACACCAAUGUUUUCAGGCCUUA